AUGGAACCCACUGCACCUGACUUACAACUUGUGUCAGAGGUGACAAAAGAUGUCCCUGUCCCUGCUCCAGACUCUGGCUGUUCCCGAACGGCUGUCACCGCCCUGGUGGCCGUCGGUAUUGUCAUCCUCACCCUAGGAGUCCUUUUGGCCUUUCUCUCAGCACAGAGGGUCCAUGUGGAGCACACAGCCCAGCUACAUGGGAUCCACUUCGCCAGCUCCCUGCAGCAGGAGACCUCUGAGUACUACCGCCUGCUCACGGCUGCUCUGCAAACAUUGUUUGUGAGUAGUUUCCGGAAAACAGAGUUAGAAUCGAGCUGUGCAGGCUGCACGGUGCUUAGUUAUAGGGACGGGAAUUCCAGCGUAUUUGUGCAUUUCCGGCUACACUUUCUGCUCCAGGCCCUCCAGCCCCUGAGCCUGGACCAGGAAGAAGACAUCUUACAGAAAGGGAUCCAGGCCAGGCUGCAGGGACAUGGUCUUUCCUUGGAUGCCUAUGGCACCAUCGUGUCAGUAGAACUCACAGGAAGAUGUGAAGGUCCGGUGACCGAGAGGAACUUAAAGUCAGGCCGCUGCCCCGGGAACUCCUUUUCCUGUCAGAACAGUCAGUGCGUGAGCAAAGAUAAUCCGGAAUGUGACGACCAGGUGGACUGCGCCGACGGGUCUGACGAGGCGCAGUGUGACUGUGGCUGGCAGCCUGCCUGGAGGUCGGCCGGCAGGAUUGUGGGUGGCGUGGAGGCGGCUCCCGGGGAGUUCCCCUGGCAGGUCAGCCUUCGUGAGAAUCAUGAACACUUCUGUGGCGCCACCAUCAUCGGGGCCAGGUGGCUGGUGUCUGCUGCCCACUGCUUCAAUGAAUUCCAGGACCCCGCGCAGUGGGCCGCCCAGGCGGGCAGCGUGCACCUGAGCGGCUCGGAGGCCAGCGCCGUGCGCGCACGCGUGCUCCGCAUCUCCAAGCAUCCUGCCUACGAUGCGGACACGGCGGACUUCGACGUGGCGGUGCUGGAGCUGGCGCGCCCGCUGCGCUUCGGCCGCUACGUGCAGCCCGCCUGCCUCCCCGCGGCCACGCACGUCUUCCCGCCGCGCAAGAAGUGCCUGAUCUCCGGCUGGGGCUACCUGAAGGAGGACUUCCUGGUGAAGCCGGAAGUCCUUCAGAAAGCUACAGUGGAGCUACUGGACCAGCGCCUGUGCGCCAGCCUGUAUGGCCACUCGCUCACUGACAGGAUGGUGUGUGCUGGCUACCUGGACGGCAAGGUGGACUCCUGCCAGGGUGACUCGGGGGGACCCCUGGUCUGCGAGGAGCCCUCCGGGAGAUUCUUCCUGGCUGGUAUCGUGAGCUGGGGGAUCGGCUGUGCAGAAGCACGGCGCCCAGGCGUCUACACCCGAGUCACCAGGCUGCGGGACUGGAUCCUGGAGGUGACGAGCGCGGCCGACGUGCCCGCGGCCCCCACCGUGGCGCCCGCGCCCGUCACCCCCAGCACUCCCUGGUUUACCAGCCCCGAGAGCCCGGGGCCCGACACCGCGCACCCCAGCACCGCACCGCCGCGCGCCAGCACCGCGGCCAAGCCACAAGAGUGUGGGGCCAGGCCGGCAAUGGACAAGCCCACUCGGAUUGUGGGUGGGCUCAGCGCCGUGUCUGGGGAGGUGCCCUGGCAGGCCAGCCUGAAGGAAGGAUCCAGACACUUCUGUGGAGCCACCGUGGUGGGUGACCGCUGGCUGCUGUCGGCCGCCCACUGUUUCAACCACACCAAGGCCGAGCAGGUGCAGGCGCACCUGGGCACCGCAUCCCUGCUGGGGGUCGGCGGGAGCCCCGUGAAGCUGGGGCUUCGAAGGGUGGCCCUGCACCCCCGCUACAACCCGGGCAUCCUGGACUUUGACGUCGCCUUGCUGGAGCUGGCGCGGCCGUUGGUCUUCAACAAGUACAUCCAGCCCGUCUGUCUCCCCCUGGCCAUCCAUAAGUUCCCUGUGGGCCGGAAGUGCAUGAUUUCAGGCUGGGGCAACACGCAGGAGGGAAAUGCCACCAAGCCCGACAUCUUGCAGAAGGCGUCCGUGGGGAUCAUAGAACAGAAGAUGUGCAGUGACCUGUACAACUUCUCCCUCACUGACCGCAUGCUCUGCGCCGGCUUCCUGGAGGGCAGGGUUGACUCCUGCCAGGGUGACUCUGGUGGCCCCCUGGCAUGCGAGGAGACACCUGGUGUCUUUUACCUGGCUGGUAUCGUGAGCUGGGGCAUUGGCUGUGCCCAAGCUAAGAAGCCGGGCGUCUAUGCACGUAUCACACGCCUCAAGGACUGGAUCCUGAAGGCCAUGUCCUCAGGACCCGGCUCCACACCUCACCCCCGCACUUCCAGCACGCGGCUUAUUCCUAGCCGGCCCCCCAAAACCCCAGCUGCUGGCCCCGUUGUCCAAGAGGCCACAACCGGCAGACCUGCUACCCCCAGGGCCACCAGCAGGGGGACCACUAGACCACUCAACACGACGCUGCCUGCCAAGAGUAGCACCACCAGGGGACAGACACCAGCGGUGAAUGCCCCGGACACCGCCAUACACGCCCAGCUGCCAGACUGCGGUCUGGCGCCCCCGGGGGCCCUGACCCGGAUCGUGGGCGGCAGCGCGGCCUCGCGUGGGGAAUGGCCCUGGCAAGUGAGCCUGUGGCUGCGGCGCAAGGAGCACCGCUGCGGGGCCGUACUGGUGGCCGAGAGGUGGCUUCUGUCUGCAGCGCACUGCUUCGACAUCUAUGGGGACCCCAUGCAGUGGGCGGCUUUCCUGGGCACCCCGUUUCUGAGUGGCGCCGAGGGCCAGUUGGAGCGCGUGGCGCGCAUCUACCGCCACCCGUUCUACAACAUCUACACGCUGGACUACGACGUGGCCCUGCUGGAGCUGGCGGGGCCCGUGCGCCGCAGCCGCCUGGUGAGACCCAUCUGUUUGCCGGGGCCCGCGCGGCCCCCCGACGGCGCGCGCUGCGUCAUCACCGGCUGGGGCUCGCUGCGAGAAGGAGGCUCCAUGGCGCGGCAGUUGCAGAAGGCAGCGGUGCGCGUUCUCAGCGAGCAGGCGUGUCGCCGCUUCUACCCUGUGCAGAUCAGCAGCCGCAUGCUUUGCGCGGGCUUCCCGCAGGGUGGCGUGGACAGCUGCUCGGGCGACGCAGGGGGACCCCUGGCCUGCAGGGAGCCAUCUGGCCAGUGGGUGCUAACUGGGGUCACCAGCUGGGGCUACGGCUGUGGCAGGCCCCACUUCCCGGGUGUCUACACUCGUGUGUCUGCUGUGCUUGGAUGGAUAGGCCAGAACAUCCAGGAAUGACCGCUGUGUGGCCAGGGACCCAGGCCUGGACUACAAACACAGCUGCUGG